UCUUAAUGCAAUGGAAGUGGGAAAUGUUUUCAUUUACAUUACAGUUAUUUUGUCAGCUUUCACUUCUUUAGUACAUAGUCUGAGAAUAAGUAACAAGACUUACAUUGAAAUCCAAGGAAAAGCAUGUUUUAGACGUAUGAACGGAACACAUCAGAUUGGAUGUUCAUCUGAAACAAAGGGGAAUGUUGGUAUUUUAUAUCACAUUACUGGUGAUAAUGAUACAGAAUGGUUACUGAAGAGAGGUCCAAAUAAACCAUAUAUUGUGCUACUUAAUUCUCUACAUUUCAAAUUAGAUUUUGUAAAAAAGUUAAAGAACUCAGGGAAAGUAAAUGGUAUAAUUGUUAUACAUGUGCUACAGAAUGAAACAUUAACACCAUUCCCACCAGAGGGAUUUUCUCCUGACAGUUCCUGUCCUAAUGAUAGAUAUGGUUUAUACCAUGAGGAUAAAAGUUAUGGAAACUGUCAGAAUGUAACAUGGAAUCCUGUAGGGCAUGGCAUGAUGUUUGAGGACUUUGACAAGUUCCCCAUCUUUGUUGUCAUUAACCAGACUGAGGUUGAUAUUCUGAUAGAAGAUUGUUAUGAGAAGUUUAACAAACCUUUACCAGAUGGUUCUGUCAGAGAAUAUCCUCUAUGUGCUGUUCAGCUGAAAGAUACUAUGUCUGGUGCUAAAGAUGCUAAAACCUGUUACCGUAGAACACAAGUCCCUACAAAUCUCAAUCCUGACACAUACUGUGAUCCUCUGGGAGACCACAACGUCAUAGCUACAAUAAAAGCUGUUCCUAACCAGGAUGUCUAUCCUAACAACUCUGUUAUAUUAGCUGCUGCAAGGCUUGAUUCAUUUUCUAUGUUUGAAAAUAUCUACCCUAGUGCAGACAACCAUGUAACAGGAAUUGUGGGAUUGCUAGCAGCUGCAGAAGCUCUUUCUAAAUAUAAAGAUGACAUCAUCAAUAAUAAUAAUACCAAAGAUAUCCUUUUUGCUUUCUUUCAAGGUGAAGCUUUUGAUUACAUUGGAUCAUCUAGAACAGUGUAUGACAUGCAACAUAAUGUUUUCCCGAUGGUGGAAGAAAAGGGAAAGUCUACUUUACAUUUGGUCAACUUUAGUCACAUAUCACACUUUGUAGAGGUCAACCAACUCGGAUAUAGAGAUGAUGGGAAAGUCUGGCUCCAUACAGAUCCCCUCAGUCAAAUUAAUACACAAACAUCUAAAGAGAUUGACAAGAUGAUAGAACUUAUAAAGAGUGUAGCUGACAAUAUGAGUUUAGGUAUAGGAGAGAACAGUAGAUCCCAGCCACUACCUCCAGCAUCUGUCCAGAGGUUCCUAAGAAAGGAAAAGAUUCCAGCAGUGGUUUUUAGUGACCACCAACACAGUUUUACGAAUAAAUACUACAAUAGCAGAUUUGACAUUGCCAAAGCAAUUGAAGCAAGCACCAACGACUCAGACAUUAUCACAGAGCAAGCCAAAAACUUAACCAGGAUAUCUACCAUGCUAGCACGGACCUUAUAUACCUUGUCUACAAGUCGGGAUGCUCCUCAGGAUAUGAAAAGUUCUGAAUCUAUAGUGAAUGACUUGUUAUUUUGUUUUCUGAUAACAAGACAGUGUGAAAUGUUCAGAAGAGUUUUAGAUGAUACUGAUAACAAAAAUCUGGAUGAGAGUAGUCUCCCUUACCCAUUCUAUGUAAGUGUCACAAGCACUAGUAACCAGGUGACCUAUUUAACCAAGAGACUUCUGAGUUACUUUAUUGGAGAUAGAGUCAACAAUACAAAAGACAACUGUAAACAGUCUGGAAGUAAUAAGGUUAACCAGUAUUACUGGAUGCAGGGAGAAGUGAAUACAACAACCAACAAGAGACAAGGAUUCUGUAGCAAAAGUACAGCAGUGUACACCUUAGCUCAAUCUCCUCUGUUUGAUCAAGAUGAUUAUAAUUGGAAUAUAGAUGAAUACUCAGCUUGGACAGAAAGCAGCUGGCAAACAGAUUCCAUACAAAUGAGGAUUUUCUUAGUCCCAAGUAAACAUUUAGAGGUAGCCCUGUUGUGUUCAGGACUGGCCCUACUCCUUAUUUCAUUGGUCGCUGCCUAUUUUAUCAACCUGAAGGCAUCCAUUUUGUUCAGUAUUAACAGUUCACAAACUACAUAAGACAGUGACAUUGUCAGUAGGAGUUAUUCUGACAGUUGUGUUUAUGACCUUGACCUACUUCAUCAAUAAGAAGGCUGAUGUUUUAUUUUCACAGAGGAGGACAAGGAGAUUUUAGAAUGAUAACAGUUUUGAAAUUAUUUUUUUUAUUGUCUUUCAUUGUCUUUAUAUGAUCAAAUCAUAUUUGUAACAAGAGUAGUUCUUGUCUAUGUAGUAACUCUGAUCAUCAUCAUACUUUAAUUAACUAACAAGAGUAGCAAUAGUCUAUAUGCCAAUUAUCAAUAUGAUUCUGUUAUUGCACACUUUUAACACAAGUUGUUUACCUGUCAGUUGUAGACUGGUUCUAACCUGGACAAAAUUAGCUACUACCAAUGCAAAAUUGAAAGUGAUAUAAAGGUGUAUGUUGAAAGUGAUAUAUAUUUUAUCUAACCAAUUUUUAUUGAAAAAAUAACAAUUGAUAUCAAAAAGUUUUAGGUAACAAAAGAUUAAAUGUAAUUUAUAGAUUUGAGAAAAGUUACAGAUUACUUACAUUAUGCACAGAUAAAAGCUCUCUCUGCUUGCCCUUCAUUGGCAAUGAAAAUGGAUGCCUCUCCUAAAGGAAACAUCUUGUGUAAAUGGAUCUCUAAUUACAGGGUCAAUUCAAAAUUGAUAAAUAGACUAUUAUCUGCAUCAUAUUCUAAUGAACAAGUUUAAGAUACACAUUUUUUGAAUAAUAAAACAAUGAUGGGAUAGAUUUGAUACUAUUUGUUGAGGAGAACUAUUCUCUGACCAGUAGUUAUGACGCCUUCAUACAAUUUAGAAACAGGGAUUACUAUCUUAUUAAUGCUAGAUCUUUAUACUGUCUCAGGUGAAGUUUCAUAAUAUCACUAUUAACAUUAUGUUUAUUGUGGAAAAAUCAGCAAAAUGAAUGUUGAGUGCCAUACACUAACAUUGAGAUAUUGUAAAUUUAGAAAUUAUUGUGUGCAUUUAUUAUUUCAAUUUUUUAAGAAUGGACAAAAUUGCGAGAUUAAUUAUUGCGAUUCAAGGAAAAUCUGCAUACUGAUAUAUGUCUCAGAUACCGGAAUGUGAGUUUGUAUUAUUGCGAUCCUCACUCUGACAGUCGCAUUAUUCACAUAGAUAAAAACCUUGCAAUAAUUUCUGAAUUUACAAUAUUCAUUUCUGUGUUAAAUAAUAUUUCUUGGAAAACCUUUGCUACUAUAAUAACACUACAUUAUUGUUGUACAUGUAUAACAUAUUGUAAAUUCAUUAAUUAAUUACUGUGAUAUUUAAUUAAUGUAAAUAGGAUAAGCAUUUCAAUGUUCGACUACAAAUGUACAGGACUAACAUUUAUUUAUUUUACAUAGAGUCAAUUGUCAAAAAUUUGCACCAAUAAAAGCUGGCAUUGAUUUCUUAAUUUGAAGUUUUAAAAAUAGCUCUUAACAGUCACAAUAUCUUCAAAGAUAUAUAUGAUCAAUGGAUAGAAAAUGGUUCAUUAACUCAUUUAAAAUCCAUUUUAAGGGUGCUUUGCAGUGUCCAAAUUUAUGAAAUGCAGCAAUAUUUUUAACCCACUCUGAUAUUGUGUAAAAAGAACUAAGGCUUGUCUUCAAGAAGAAAUAAAGAAGUCUUUAUCUGGUAAAUUGACUUAAAUUUCAUUCACAGCAUGCAUAUUUUUUUUAUGCCCCCGCCGUAGCGGAGGGGGCAUUAAGUUUUACCCUUGUCCGUCUGUACGUACGUCCCGAAAUUGGUUUCCGUUCUCUAACUUGAGUUUGCCUCAACCAAAUGUUAUGAAACUUAUACACAAUGCUUAUUACCACAAAACACAGAUCAAGUUUGAAUUUUGGUGGCGUCACUUUAACCGAUCUAGAGUUAUGCCCCUUUAUAAAAGGAAAUAUUGCAAAAUAUUUAGUUUCCGUUCUCUAACUUAAUUUUGCCUCAACCAAAUGUUAUGAAACUUAUACACAAUGCUUAUUACCACAAAACACAGAUCAAGUUUGAAUUUUGGUGGUGUCACUUUAACCGAUCUAGAGUUAUGCCCCUUUAUAAAAGGAAAAAUUGCAAAAUUUUUAUUUUCUUCUAAAUAUCAAGUUUAUAUAAUAUAUUUUUAAAAUUGGAGUUAUCUUCCUUUGACCAUGAUUAUAGUUGAAUCAACUACAAUCAAUGCUUUAUACAAUGCAAUGUUUAAUUUAGACUUCCACUGAUAAAACACAGAUCAAGUUGAAUUUGGGUAGUGUCACUUUAACCAUUAUUGAGUUAUGCCCCUUUAUAAAUAGAAAGAUUGCAAAAUUUUUUAGUUUCCAUUCUGUAACUGAAGUUUUCCCCAGCCAAACAUUAUGAAACCUAUACACAAUAUUCAUUACCACAAAACUCAGUAAGGAUCAAGUACAAUUUUUUUGUUUCAGUUCUCUAACUUGAGUUUGCCUCAACCAAAUGUUAUGAAACUUAUACACAAUGCUUAUUACUACAUAAUACAGAUUAAGUACGAAAUUAGGUGGCAACACUUUUACCAUUCUAGAGUUAUGUCCCUUUAUAAACAUAAAAAUUGCUGAUUUUUUUUAGUUUGUCUCAACCAAAUGUUGUAAAACUUAUACACAAUGCUUAUUACCACAAAACUCAGAUCAAGUUCAAAUUUGGGUAGCGUCACUUUUACCGUUCUUCAGUUAUGUCCCUUUAUAACUAUAUGAUAUGCAAGCGGGGGCAUCAUCUGUGUCCACAUGUGGACGCUAUCCACAUUUAUUUUAUUAUGUGAUAAUGAUAAAUUUUCCACUGUGCAAUAAAUAUAUGCCAUGUGACAUGAACAAUUUAUGACAAUGUAGUUUGAAUGUAUUCAACCAUUUUUUGUGCAUUUUAUAAUUUGUUCAAUUACACAUGCCAACAAAGUCUGUUGGUUCAUUGUGUACAGAGUCUGAACUCAGGAAUUCAGAAAUCCCAUGAAAAUAAUUUUCCUUUCAUUAAUUCCAAAAAUUUGUAUUAAGGAUAAAAAUGAGUAUAAUGUAAUUUUGUUUAUUCCUGUGCUGACCUAGUAUGUAGCCCUGUGUAUGCUUUUUUGAAGAUUUUUUGUUUUAAAUAAACUUCUUGAUAUCACGAUGUAAAUAUUUUUAACUUUUAAUUUCCAUUCCAAGUUUUUCAUAGACAUAGUGUAGAUAUUCAUUAUUUAUGUCUAUUUUACGUCUUUGUUACAGUACUGCUUCAUUUAAUGACAAAAAAAUGUAGUCAUCCCUUCCUAGUAUUGUCCUGAAUUGAAAAUUACAUUAAUUUUGUCACAAAAUAAAGUCCUUUCAUUAUAGGGAAACAAUUAUUAGGAAAUAAAAAUGUUCAUUUCUUUCAGUUCGCAUGAAUCCAUGAAAAUAAAUGUCUGUCAACUGGUAAAACAUAAGAAGUACAAACUAGCACACUUUGGCUGGAAAAUAAUGGUUUACCACCUUUGUUUUUAGGGGUAAAGAUUGCAUGAAUGCAAUUAAAACUCUUUUGUAACUGGCUUGAGAGCUAUAUUUUCCAAGCAUCAUCUCUACAUUUAAGAGCACAAACAACAUAUUGCAUUGACUUUUACAUUCUUUAGAUCUUCUCCAUGUGAAGCAAUUUAUUUAUGAUAUAUACUCAGAUUUUCAAGUUACAAAAUGAUGUGUUUGUGUAUAAUCUUUCUUGACAAGAAAACUAUUUUAUUUUAAUUACAUACCGGUAUACCUGGACAUGAAAUAUGAAUGUUAUGCACUGCAAUUAUUGACAAGGAAGAUAACUCUAAUUCAAAAUAUUACCUAAAUGUGUUCCAUUGUUCAAUACAAUGCAGUUCACAUUGCAGAAUGAAAUCAAUCUUUACCCUUCUGUGCUCACAAGCACUUUGAUUAUGAUCGUGCAGUAAGCUUUAUUUGUUAUUUUUACUGUAUGUCAUUGAGUUAUUAUCUCAUGUACAUUUACAAUAUGUCAUUCAUUGUAUAAUUUGUAUGGAUCAUGAAGAAGAAUAAGUGUAAAACAUUGAUUGAAUAUUUGCCAAACUUGUACAUUAUUUCCAUGAAUGUUAGAGGACCAUAAAUGAAGAACAAAUGUAUUAUUAUAUUUGAUUUUGAAUUUAUUAUAAAUAUCAUGAGAUUAUUUUUGUAUUUCAUUUAUUUGAAACUUAUGUAAAUUGAUUGUUAUUUAAUUUUAAUGAAAUCUGUUUUGGUAUGUGAUAAUUUUAUAUUUCACUAAUCAUAUGUAAUAAUGUGUAUGCUGAAGUCAUAAAUUUUUAGUAAAUGUCACGAGGAAAUGAGGGAUAAUUAGCUUCAGGAGUUAACUCAAUGUGCAGUGUGCAGAAAUCUGUAAUGCUGGCUGUUUCAUUUUGAGAAAUGAACAUGUCUUUCCCAGUUCCUUACAUAGUGAAGCUCUAAUAUAAUAUAUAUAUAUAUAUAUAUAUAUAUGUAAAAAUUGUCAUUUUGUUUUGGUUUCAGAAUUCAGUGUUAUUAAUGAUGUAUUGACAUAAUUAAAAUGAUAUUGUGUCUUGCUUAAACAAGUUUAUUUGAAGAAAAAAAGAGGAAAAAAGAAAAAUGGAGUGAAAGGUUGAACAUUUUAUUUUUUAUUUGACCUUCAAGGGACCAGAAGUGUGAAUGUGAGGAAUGGUAAUAGAUUAUUGCAUUAAAAACAUUUUCUAUGUUCCUGUCUAAAUAAAGCAUAUAGUUACAACAUUGCUUGUCUGUCCUUGAUAAAAACUUAAGCAGCUUUCUUAGGUAGAUAUCACUGUGCUUUGACAUAAUUACUUUUAAAGAUAGAAUAGAGGUUAGUGCAUUAUGAAUGUGUUUUUUGUUUGCUUGUUUGUUCUAUUGGUCAACCCUAUACACCAAAAAUUCAAAUGUAUCUGAAUUAUCACUUGUCAAUAAAAUGCUAUCACUUGAUGUGUGACAUCAGACAUCAGUUGUCUGUCAGUAAAAUUGUUCAGAUUUUGUUCUCUGAAACCUAAGGUAAAUUAAAACAUACUUGGCCUUCCAUUGGAUUUCAAAAGUUUAUAUUCUGCAUUUGUAGGUCAUUUAUCUUUCUCUUUUUAAAAUCUUACAGAUAAAUUUAAUUAUUAUGCAUUGAUGCCAAUUGAGUCGAUACCAGUUCUUUCGAGCCAAAUGUAGGUCUAUGUUUAUUAUGGUGUGUUUUGUCUGAAAGGGGCACAAUCAUAUUUGCUGAAAUAAAAAAAAAAGCUUUUCUCCAUACAAGUCUGAUUGGUUUUCUUUGCAUAGAGAUAUUUGAGCAAUGUUAAUUUAAUUGUCAAGAAGUAUUAUCAAGAUUGAAUUAACUUAAAACAUCCUUUUCUAAUUAUGAUUACUUGUUAUGAAGUGCUUAAUGUUUUUUUUUUGUAUGAAUGUUUUGUAUGAGGAUAAAAUAAAAAUGAUGAUUA